AGUGUUUCGACCUCUCCGGGUCAGUGAAACCGAAGAGGCUUCGGUCUGUGACCGAACGAACAUUUAAAUGCCCAUGUCUACUACCCUGGCCAACUUGGGUCCAAGAUCGAUAACGUUAUAUUUCUGUCUCAUUUUUCUUUCUUCCACUUACAACUUCAGCAUCCCCUGCUGACCGCUCACUCAAGUCGCUUGAACGAGAUUUAUCUCGACUCUCAAGAUGACAAGCCGCUCAUUUAAUCAGUCAUUCUUUUCAAUUACUUUAACAGAGGGUAGCACAGACUCGUUCCGCAAGGGCAGCAUCGAGACGAAUUUUCAUAUAGAGGAAAAACAAAUUGUCGAGGAGCUCAAUCCGGGAGAAAGAGCGCGUAUCCUGCGCAAGCUCGAUUGGCAUUUGUUACCGUUCGUGUCGUUAUUAUACAUGUUGUCAUUCUUAGAUCGGGCCAAUGUCGGAAACGCGAAAGUUGCUGGCAUGUCUCAAGACCUGCAUUUGGUCGGCUUCAGGUACAACAUUGCUGCAGCCGUCUUUUUUAUACUGUAUAGUUUUGCCGAGGUUCCCUCGAACAUCGCGCUGAAGCUAUUCAGACCAUCACGCUGGAUACCGACUAUCAUGAUCGCGUGGGGUCUCGUGAUGACCCUCAUGUGCCUCGUCGAUUCAUUUCGAUCUCUUGUCAUAGCUCGACUGUUCCUAGGCUUGACAGAAGCAGGUUUGUUCCCUGGAGUGACCUACUACAUCUCUCUCUGGUAUCCACGAUCUGAACAGUCCAAACGCAUUGCCAUAUUCUUUUCUGCAGCGACAGUCGCAGGCGCUUUCGGCGGACUCCUAGCGUAUGGUAUCGAGCACAUGGAGGGCAUCGGAGGAUUGCAUGGUUGGCAAUGGAUUUUCUUAUUGGAGGGUACUGCCACCCUUCUCGUAGCAUGUCUCUCGUUUUUCUUGAUGCAUGACUAUCCCGAAACAGCCAAGUUUCUGACCGAGAUAGAGAGAGCAUACGUGAUAGACAUGCUCAAACAGGAUGCGAAUAAUCUCGCCACCCACUACAACAUUCGUUUUGUCUUGCAGGCCAUGAAAGAUUACAAGACCUACAUUCAAGUUUUUAUCUACAUGGGGCUGCUCGUCCCUGUUUAUGCCAUCGCUCUCUUUACGCCAACUAUCAUAAAUGAGCUUGGCUAUUCUGCUGCCCACGCUCAGUUACUCUCAGCCCCACCAUUUAUUGCAGGAUGUAUCACCACAAUCUCAGUUGGAGUUUGCUCUGACAAGUACCAAACUCGCGGCCCAUUUAUAAUUGGUGGCGCCUUCGUGUCUAUUGUAGGAUAUAUCUUACUUUAUUGUGACGGACCAGCGGGCAUGUCGUAUGCUGGAGUUUGUCUAGCUGCCAUCGGUGUCUAUCCGACCAUCGCAGUCGACCUUGCUUGGGCAGGUUCAAAUGCGGGAGGCGACCUGAAGCGCGGGGUUGUGAUAGCGAUGGUCAUUGGCCUUGGAAACCUGGGAGGCAUUUGCUCCUCGUUCAUUUACAUUGAUCCGCCGAACUUCCACAUUGGACACGGCACUAUGAUGGGAUUCCUUUUUCUCUCAAUUUUGCUGAGCCUGUUCGCUAUGUGGGACUAUGGCCGGCUUAAUAAAAAGAAGGAAGCGCAAUGCCAAGCGGAAGGUCUUAUUGAUAGCAGAAGGGAUGAAUUUAAGGACAUGGGCGAUGCCAGUCCGUUGUUUAGGUAUGCCAUAUAAAACAUACGCCUACAUAAGCUGUCCUUUUCAACACCCUCUAAUCGUCUACUUCUAGAGUUAUUAUACAUCUAUCACUCAUUUGUGGUUUAAAUAAUAGCUGGAUUCUAGGAUCGAGAACAGGUACUGGUCAUAGCGAACUGUUUGGAAAGGCGAUGCCCAAGCCGGGAGCGUCCAGCAGAGCAUCGCGAGGCAGAUCACGCCCUAAGCUCUCGCUGCAGUCACCCGUCUCCUAGGAUAAGCUAGGGUAGGAGGGACGUUAUGUAGCGGGGGUGGCAGCAGUUUCGAAC